AUGGUCCGGCACAACGGCUUGGUUUAUAAGCUCUACCAUCUUCAAGUGCAAAUACGACUCGUGCGCAUCAUUCACGACUUCUUGUCCGAAAGCUCGAUGUGCUAUCGUGUAGAGGGUACGUUAUCGUUUCCUCGACUCGCGCCUUACCUGUUCGCGCUGUUCACCCUCUAUGCUGAUGACACCGCUCUCUAUACAACCCAUACAGAUAGAGGUGUCAUAGCCGUCGUUCGCAAGAAGACCUCUCUUCUAUUUCCUCAUGAAUACAAGGAGUCAGAUGCCCUUAGACACGUGACGGAAUUAUAG